AUGAAAUCCGGUCUUUCAGCAACCCUCCUCGCGGCUGCCUUCCUACCAUGGACGGCUUUUGCAGUCGUCAAGCUCGAACUAAACGUGUCGGCCCUGACGGACACUGUCGAGUCUGACUGGACUGCCGUCUAUUACUCCCAGCGCCAACCACUGCUUCUCGGCAACGAUGGCGGAACAUCCACUGGAGGAUUCCAUGCCUGGAACCUCAACGGCGACAGCCCCAUCCCAGUGCUUGGAUCUACUGUCUCCGGACGCACGAAGCUCGUCACUACCGUUCACGGAAUCAACAACAAAGACUGGGCCAUCUCAAUCGCCCAACCUGACUCUAUAAUCCGAGCUUUCCGAUUGCCGGAGCUAGUGGAGGAGAAGUCAGCCCAGCUCACGGCCCUUGGUGAUUGGUCUGCCUUGUGUUCGUGGCAGAGUAAAACGGGAAAUCAUUACCUUUACCUUUUCGGAAAGGGUCAGGGUGUGCAAUUCUUAGCUCGAAAGAGCAAGACCGCGAUUGAACUACUGGAGGUUCAAACAUUUGAAGUACCUUUUGAGGCUUCCGCUUGCGCCGUAUCACCCUCUGCAGGAAGACUAUUCCUCUCGGCAGACGAUGACAAGAGUGUCUAUUACUUUGACCUAGCGGAGUCGACCAAAUCACCCAAAUUCUCCACACUGGGUCAGGCGGAAAGUGAUGUCACUGGACUGGCAGUGUAUGUCUCCAAGCGCGGCACGCCCGAUUAUCUUUUCGUCGCCCAGGAGGACACCAUUGCAGUCUACACUCAAUCUUUCGAGCCCGUCGGUACACUGAGCCUGACGGGGCUAGAGGAUAUCGAGGUGCAAGGGCUCAGCGUUUAUCAAGCCGCCACCUCUAAAUAUCCGCUCGGCGCCAUCUCAUAUGCAAUUGAGGCUGAUGACGAUGUGGCUGGCUUCGGAGUCAGCUCACUUCAAGGCGUGAUCGAGGAGCUGGGAGUGACUGUAAACUCGGAAUACGAUCCUCGCCACCAAGCGGCCUGUCCUAGCCACUCUCCCAUCUGCAAGAAGUGCUUUGGAAAUGGCUUUUGCGAUAAGAAGUCCGACUGCUCCUGUUUCGCUGGAUUCACCGGGAAGAAGUGUGACAAGUUCCAAUGCACAGAUAACUGCUCUGGCAAUGGGAGAUGCGUGGGACCUAAUAAGUGUCAGUGCGAGAAGGGUUGGGGUGGUCUGCACUGUUCAUUCAUCGUGGUCCAGCCUUCCUACGAGACAGACCAGAACGGCGGCGACGGCGAUGACCCGGCUAUCUGGAUCUCACCUGAGGCACCUGAAAAAUCCCGUAUCAUCACCACCACCAAGUCCGCUCAGGGUGCCGGACUUGGAGUCUUUGAUCUCACCGGCAAUUUGCUUCAAACUAUCCCGGCAGGUGAACCCAAUAAUGUGGAUAUAAUAUAUGGAUUCGAAGCUGGCGAUCGGAAGAUUGAUCUCGCCUUUGCUGCCUGUCGCGAGGAUGAUACUCUCUGCUUGUUCGAAAUGCUGCCCAAUGGAACCCUUGCGACCAUCCCUGGAGGUAGCCAGCCUGUUAUCGACGACUAUACAGUCUAUGGUUCUUGCGUUUACCGGUCACGCAGUACCGGAAAACAAUACCUUUUCGUAAAUGAAAAGUCAGCGAGCUACCUCCAAUACGAGCUUACUGCCACCUCAAACGGAACUCUUGAAACCAAGCUCGUUCGCGAGUUCACUGGUGGCUCCGGCGGCCAGGUUGAGGGCUGCGUCACCGACGAGGAGAAUGGGUGGAUAUGGAUCGGCGAGGAACCCUCUGCUCUUUGGAAAUACGAUGCGGAACCUGACUCGACCACGGCCGGUCAGCGCAUCGCCUAUGUCGGAGACGGAACUCUUCACGCUGAUGUGGAGGGAGUCACUCUAGUGUUGGGCAAGAACGCUGACGAGGGCUUUAUUAUCGUUUCCAACCAGGGCGUUAGUGCGUAUAACGUUUACCGUCGUGCUAGCCCUCACGAAUAUGUCACCACUUUCACGAUCGCAAAGUCGAGUGACGGCCGGGUUGAUGCCGUUUCGAACACGGAUGGUGUCGCUGCUGUUGGAACGGCCCUGGGAGCAGACUUCCCUUACGGUUUGGUAGUAGUACACGAUGAUUCUAACGAGCUGCCAGAAGGCGGAACGAGUGCUGAAUCGAGCUUUAAGCUGGUGAGCUUGGAGAAAGUUCUUGGAGCUGAGCCGCUCAAGCAUCUAGGUCUACUUGACCAAGUUGAUACAGCCUGGGAUCCAAGGGCAUAG